ACUAACCUCCAAUCCAGGCAGUCAAAACUUUUUAUAUUUCUCAAUACUCGUUGCGAAAUUAUUAUUGUUGAAACACUUGUUGUAAUCUUCGCGGUCUUUCACAAAAUAGCGUUAGUUUCCGUGAUUGUGUAAUGUAGGUGUUGAGUACGGCAUCGAUCGCCACAAUGCUGGAUUCUUCGCCUGAAGAUGAAGAUUUUCCUGGCCGGCUUUUACAUCAGGCCGCAUUAUGGGACAACACACAUUUACUCAUGGAUUUGUUAGAAGGGGGCCAACAAGCUUUCCUAAACUCGCAAGACAGUUGGGGGAGAACUCCUCUACAUGCAGCAGCUAUUAAUGACAAUUCCGGGUGUUUGUCAAUCUUAUUGAAUGCAGGUGCAGAUCCUAACAUUCGUUGUGGCCCAAGAGGCGAUCAAAAGAUUCCUUUGCAUUUAAGUGCAGAACAUGGUCAUAGUAGCAAUGUCUCAGUAUUACUGCAGCAUGAUUCAGAUAUUCAAAUUUUGGAUGCAAAUGGAAUGGCUGCUCUUGAUUUAGCCGAAAAAGCAGGACAUGUGAAAUGUGUAACACUGUUGAAAGAAGCCGUGGAUGCGAGAGAAAAAGCGAGACUUGAUAUUCAUGCAGCGCUUAGGGAUGCCUGCUGUCAAGGAGAUGUGAACUCAGUUUCGUCACUUUUGGCUUCUUUAUCCAAAGAUGCCGAACUUAUUGUUAAUAUGGCUCCGAGUGGAGCGAGUACUUUACUAUUUACAGCUUGUCAGACGGGGUGCAAAGAUAUCGUUAAAGUACUACUAGAUUAUGGAGCUGAUGGGCGGUACCACCCUGUUACGAAAUAUUCGCCGCUUUAUAUUGCCUGUCACUAUGGACAUAGAGAUAUUGUAGAAAUGCUUCUCUUGCGAUUUCCCGAACUCAUACAGCAACACACUGUGGAGAGAUGGCUGCCGAUCCAUGCAAGCGCCAUCAAUGGUCACGUGGACGUAUUGGAACUGCUUUUCCACUUUCCAUACCCUUCGCACGUUUUACGCAAAUUUAGAGAUGGCAGCGAACAAUGGGAAUAUUUUAUGCCUUUUGACAUUAAUGAACGAGACGCCACUGGACAAAAUAUUUUAUACAUGGCUUGUUUAGUAGGAAAUAAGAAACUUUUAGAUGUGAUAUUAAAAUUUAAAGUUAAAGCUACUAGAAUACAACCUGAUGACGAAGUGACGCCUGUUUCCGAAAACAAUGUGAUUUUAAGUCCCACCAAACGUCGUAUUUCGGAUGGAAUUCAAUCGAUUUUGUCUAAAUUAAAUCUGUCGAGAGAUAAUUCAAGUGAAAUUGAUGUUGAUCCGAACAGUGCUAUGAUUUGCCCUUUACGAAUCGAUAUGUAUUGUAACAAUAACACAGAAACGGCUCUGCACGCUGCUAUUAAAGGCAAACAUUACGAUAUAGCAUUAGCAUUACUGAAUGCUGGAGCGAAUUCAAAUGCUGUGAUCAAAGCCUACCAUGACAUGGAGAAUUUAAGUUGUUGUUCCGUUGAGGAAGAUUCUAAUUACUGUCAAUCGACCGGUUUAGUCGAAGCUUGCCGCAAUCGUGAUGUUCCUAUAGUCGAUCUCUUACUCAAAUAUGGCGCCCGAGAUGACGAAUGCAAAGCUCUAUCAGUCGCCGUACAAAACAAAGACGAAACACUAACAGCCAAACUUUUAUCUACGAAAGCUCAUCCGGACCCAGAAUACAAAAUCAACAAAAAAGCAAUGACCGAAAACGUGAACUCGUCACAAUUUACAAUUUUUUCAAAUGUUACGAACUUGACAUACAGCGCCCUCUUUCCCAACACCCCUACUAUGAUCAACUGGCACAACCAGAGAUGCAACCUGACCCAAAUACGCACCCAGUGGUUAACCGAUGCCGCUUUACAUCUCAACCAGAAGCUCAAACAAAAUCCUCGAAGUUACGACAUUGCUCUAUAUGCGAUUACUCGGCUCGAUGUCUCAAAUAACAACCUAACAUCGGUACCACUGGCUGUUUUUCAGUUAUACAGUUUAAGAUACCUAAAUAUCGGUCAAAAUAAAAUCGAAAAAUUACCGACUCCGGUUGUCUCACCUACCAAGAAAGGUGUACGCAAGAAAACCGCUCAUGAAGAAUUGAAUUACUCAUGCCCUGUGUUGGAAGAAUUAUACUUGCAAGAUAACAGGCUUGAUCACAUUCCGGAAGCUAUAUUUCGGUUACCCUCGUUGGUAACUCUUGUCGUGUCUAAUAACAAGUUACAGCAACUUCCCUAUAACAUGUGGUUGGCCCCGAAAUUGAAGGAGUUGAAUGCUUCUUUUAACUUGCUUAAAGAGUUACCAACAAAUAUUUCGGAGAUGCAAGAAGAGUGUGAUAAGAUGAGUGUGAGUUCGAGCGACAGUCAAUUGUCUAGUCACUGUGACCACGAUUUGGAGAGCGAAGUUCGAUGUGACUUUGACUUGGACUCGAAAUAUCUCUCAAGUGAUGAAAACAGCCAAUGUGUGAGAUACAGGAAAAAAGAGCGCUCUUUUAUUCAAUUUGAUUUGGCUAAACACCACAUUUGGAGCAAAAACGUGGAAGUGACUGAGCAAAUUCUCCACACUGAUGAGACAGUUACCGAGCAAUCGUCAAAACUAUCAGCCCUGAAUUUGGCCCACAACCUUUUCACCAGUAUUCCUGUGGUGUUGCCUUGUUUGGCGGUCAAUUUGACCCGUUUAAACAUGGCUUUUAACUCAUUGCGAUCAAUGUCACACAUUACCAGCUAUCCGAGUUCCUUGAAACAGCUAGAUUUGAGUCACAAUCAAAUCACUUGUUGGCCAAGUUUGCCACAAGUCGAGGCACAGGAUGUCAUGGAAUUGGCAAAUAUUGCUUGUUAUGCUAGUAGUGUGGGGCCGAGGGAAAAAGUUUCGGGAAUUGCCGCUCGUAGACAACCGGGCCGGUCUGUGCGAAACACGGUUUUGCAUUCGGUUUGUUCGCAUCGACGGCAUUUGAAGUUGGAUAGUUUGAGGACUCUGAUUUUGGCUGAUAAUCAGUUAAGUCGAAUUCAGUUAAGUACGGAUGACGAUGGGGAUGUUAGUGCUGUGGAGGAGGAGGAUCUAGAACGUGUAAGUCGCAAAGAAAUUAAUACGCAUUUUGAAGAUGACUUUAUUUGUGUAUCUUUUCCCAAGGUUGAGGGGAAUCCGGCUGCGGGGAAGGCACGUUUGAUGUUCCCCAAUUUAUCAAUGUUAGAUGUUAGUAACAAUAACUUGAAAGACAUUCCUGUAAAUAUCAACGAACUCAGUAACUUAUCCGUCCUGAAUAUAAGUGGGAAUCUAGACAUUAAUGAACUCCCACCACAAAUGGGUCUACUAUCGCGGUUAUGGAAUCUCAACACGCGCGGAUGUUCUUUGCAAGAUCCCUUAAAAUCGAUGAUUGAUAGUAAAAAGUACAAAACAAUGGAUAUUGUGGGUUAUUUGAAAUCGGUCCUUGAAGAUGCGAGACCUUAUGCUCGUAUGAAAUUAAUGAUUGUGGGAGUGCAGGGAAUUGGGAAAACGAGCUUGUUGGAACAGUUGAGGCAGGAGGGGAUAACGAGAAAACGACCAGAGCAUUGGGCAAAACGAAUGGGCAACAAAAACAUAAACGUAAAGACCUCUCGAGGCACAAACAUGUCAACAGUUGGUGUAGACAUAGGCGACUGGGUGUACGAGAAAAAAGUCCGUAACCAAUCAUCACACGGUCCUGUAAUCUUCAGAACAUGGGAUUUCGGUGGUCAAAAAGAAUAUUACGCCACCCAUCAGUAUUUUUUAUCAAAACGAAGUUUAUAUUUAGUCGUUUGGCGAAUCACUGACGGUCAUCGAGGCAUCAACGAAAUUUUACAGUGGCUUGUUAACAUCCAAGCAAGAGCACCAAACUCUCCUGUAAUCAUAGUAGGCACACAUUACGAUGUUGUUCAAGAAUGUAAUCCAAACAUUUCUGAAGAGUACCAACAAUUAAUUCGCGACAAGUUUAUCAAUAUUGUUGAUGCGGAAAAAUGCGGAUUGCCGCGAGUUUUAGACACGAUUGAGAUUAGUUGCAGAACUAGACACAAUGUCAAAUUAUUGUGUAAUUUGAUCUAUGAUACUGUGUUUAGUUUGCGGCCCCCAGGAAGCAAAGAAUUGUUGUUGGAACAAAAAGUGCCAGCUACGUAUUUAGCACUGGAGGAUGUUGUUAAUCACAUCGCGGCUGAAAGACGGGUCAAUGGGCUUGAUCCGGUACUAAAUGCGGAACAGUACCGGACUAUCGUAACCACAGAGAUGCAGCAACGUUUCAAUCGAGUUUUCCGGGAUUGGGCGGAACUUCACCAAGCCACCUUGUUUUUACAUGAUAAUGGUGUGUUAUUACACUACGACGAUGCAACAUUGAAAGAUUUGUAUUUUUUGGACCCCCAAUGGUUGUGCGAUAUGUUAGCACACGUUGUCACAAUUCGUGAGAUUAAUCCGUUUGCGCGUUCCGGUGUCAUGAAACUCGAUGAUCUCAAACACAUUUUCAAAGCUAGUAGUAUAGGACCUAUGGAUGCUCGAGGUUACAUCGUAAAUUUGUUAAAUAAAUUUGAAGUUGCACUAACUUGGGAUUCUCGAACUUUAUUAAUUCCGUCACUGUUACCCUCAGAGGAGGAUAUUCUCCUGGCGCAAAUGUAUCCGGGACAAUUUCACCCCUUAGUUAAGGUUAAAGUGCCGUUAAGGUCACGUGGAUGGGCAAUCAGAAAUAAAAAAAUAACGGUUUCACCCAAGUCAGUUUUGUAUCGAGAUUCCGGGAACCAAGGCAAGUUUCAAAUGAGUUUGCCGUCGACUUCGUCUUCAAAAAAUGAAGAAAUUGAAGAAGAAGCAAAGUAUCAAGUAACGAGUUCAUCAACUGACAAAUCCAUAACCCGACUUCUUCUAAUGUCGUACUUCCCAUCAGGGUUUUGGUCAAGACUUAUUUCACGAAUCUUAGCCGAUGACAGUAUUAUUGAUAUUAUAAGAUCGUUUUUUGUUCUUCCGAAAGAGGUGGCGCAAGACCUAGAAUUGGUCAAGUUGCUAGAUUUGAAAGCAGAAUGGGUGCUUUGGCAAACUGGUCUUCAGUUGAAAUACGGCGAUAUAACAUUGUUUCGAAUGAGGGAAAUCUUGCACAACUCUUCGUCCUUCUACCGACAAUUAAAAUUCCGUUUGAAACAAGACGGAGUUUGGUGUGACGUCGACCUCCAAAACUCCUCAAUUCUCGAAAUCCACUUCCCUGUCGACUCUUUGGUUAUCAAACCAGUUGACACACUAAAGACCGAUCUAGUGAUCAACUGCACUCCGGAAUCAACAGCACAACUUCUUGCUUUAGCUGUCGAUCACGUCGAUAUUCUUUUAGAAGAUUGGUACCCGACUCUUGGAACCCGAUUUGUGCAUACCUCCGAAGGCAAAUUUUUGGUCACUCGGCUUGUGCCCUGUCCUCGUUGUUUGCAACAGACGAGCGAUAUUGAUCCAAAUUUUCCAAACACACCUGACGUUGGACCGAAUAAAAACUUCCUAGAUGCGAUGAAUCAAGUAGACGCCGAAGGUGAUCGUUAUCGGAUUCGCAAGUCGCAAGAGUCGUAUACUUCAGAGUGUGAUAGUGGUGUUGGGCCGGAUUCGACCGGUUCGAGUCGUAUGCCGUCAAUGGAAGGCCAUCCAGGAGUCCAAACCGAAGAUGUUAACGCUAAUAAUCAACUGUACUACUCUUGGAUGGUCGAGGAGUGUAUUUUGGCGUCGUAUGGAACGAAAUGUGUGGUGUGUCCCACUCAUGGUGACGUUUCUUUAGCUAGGAUAGCCCCUGAUACUAUUUUUUUGGAUUUGGGCGAACGUUAUAUCAUCCGAUCCGAGAACGUUAAACGUGGCCGAUUAUUAGGCCGUGGUGCUUUUGGUUUUGUUUUCAAGGGCACUUGCAAGGUUCGCGGUAGCAAUACUAUGAUCGAUGUUGCAAUGAAAAUGUUGCAACCUGUACCACCUGGCCCCAAUGCUCGUCAAUCGGCGAUUGUGGCCUACAAGGCCGCUCAAGGCAAAUGGGACCGCGAUCCCCUUCAAUACGCUUGCAAAGCCUACUGUACUGCUCGACAAGAACUUAACAUUUUGUUGUCUUUGAGACACCCAAAUAUCGUCCCGUUUGUGGGUGUUUGUACCAGUCCGUUGGCUAUAGUUCUCGAUCUUGCACCUCAAGGUGCUUUGGAUCUGGUUUUGAGACAUUAUAGAAGGUCAGGGGCGAAAGUGGGGCCUUACACCUUACAAGCAAUCAUACUACAAGUUGCCAAAGCAAUCGAGUAUUUGCACCGCCAACACAUCAUUUAUCGUGACUUAAAAUCGGAAAAUGUGUUAGUUUGGGAAAUGCCACCCCCGUUUGUCGACCACCCCGACCAUCCUGUUCACAUCAAAGUGGCAGAUUAUGGCAUAAGUCGGCUUACUUUACCUUCAGGUGCUAAAGGUUUUGGUGGUACUGAAGGGUUCAUGGCACCUGAGAUUAUGCGGUAUAACGGAGAGGAGGAAUAUACCGAAAAAGUUGAUUGUUUUUCUUUCGGAAUGUUUAUUUAUGAGUUGUUGACGUUACAUCAACCGUUUGAGGGGCACGAGUCGGUCAAGGAAUGUAUUUUAGAAGGCGGUAGACCGCCAUUGACUUACAGGGAGACUUUAUAUCCUAGUUACUUUUUGGAUUUAAUGGUUUUAUGUUGGUCACAGCAACCGAAAGAUAGGCCAUCGGCCAGUCAAAUUGUUUCAAUAGCUAGUGCUCCCGAAUUCACCCACUUGAGUGAUGUGACGUCGCUGAAGCAUGAAUCGUCGGUUGUGGCAACAGCCAGUGCAGCAGUAACUCAUAUAACAGAUGAUGGUUUAUCCGGUUCUGAAAUGUGGCUAAUGUGUUCGAAUUCUCGAAUCGAUUUGUUAUUGGCGGCAGAUCGUGGGUGGCUGCAGUACCACACCAUGGCCUUACCGAUUAGGGCCACGGCUUCAUGUACUGUUGCAAAUGCUGUUUGGAUUGGCGACUACUCUGGCAAUCUUCACGCUUAUUCGGCUAGUGACGGCUACCGACUCUUCUCCUACGCACUUGAAACCGAGCCAAACACACAAGUCGAAGCAUUGUUGUACCUUCCGCCUUUGAAAAGGGUCGCUUGUGCCCUAUCAAAUGGCCGUCUGUUUUUAGUUAACUCCGAAGCAGUGCCUACGACACCGACAGCAGCUGAGGGCACUUUUGUGAUGACAGAGCUUGGUUCCAAUUCGAUUAUCAACUGUUUGUGUGCGAUUUUUAAAGACAAUGGAGCGGUUUGUGAAUUGUGGUGUGGCGAAUCGAACGGUCAAAUAUCGAUUUAUAUAAUUAAAGAUCACGUGGUUGCCGGUCAUGAAACUAUGAACCACUACCAACCUAUUAUAGAACAAGUGAAUGUUAUGAAUUUGAUAGCUGCUGAUAACCAUGUCUGGUCUUAUGUACGACCUGGAUGUAUUAUUUAUCAGUGGGACCAAAAAAAUCGGACCAUCAUUAAUAAACUUGAUUGUUCGAAACUGGUGCCGUGUUCUGAAAGCCUUAAAAGUAUUGCGAUUGAAGAGCAUUUAAGUCCCACGAAUUGUCAAGUUACUAGUUUGGCUGUGCUGAAUGAAGAAUUGUAUAUAGGAACAACCUGGGGUUGUGUUAUAAUCGCCGAGCGUGCUACACUAAGGCCAAUCACGAUAUUUCGGCCUUAUGAGGAAGAAGUCAAAGCGAUAGUUCCGUUAGCAAUGUGUAAAAGUAUUAACGAGAGUCAUGAUAAUACGCCGUUGAUUGCCACCAUUGGUCGAGGGUACAGAAAUCUAUUGUCUCGAUAUACAGACGUUCCAAUCAGCACUGGACAUUCUUUACAGAGUCCAAUGUCGAAUGCUCCAGUGUUGGCCAAUAAGCAAAAUAUGUUUGUUUUGUUGUGGAGAGCUGAACAUUGGAACGCUGUCUGAGUGUCUGUGCAUUUUUCAUUCCAUGGAUCUUAAGUGAUAAUCUAAGUAAUACAUAAUUUGCAAUUGUCUUUUUGCGUAUGUGAUUUUUAUUAUUAUUUUGUAUUUUUAUUUAUAUUUUAAGCUGUGAUUCUCUCAGUCAUUUUAACUUGUUACAAACCUUUUAUUGAAUAAAAUGUUAAGAUGUU